UUAGUUUAUCACCUACAUUGUUACGAUGAAAGCCGAGAUUUGAUUGGUUAAGUUGUUUGUAGGCGAGGCCGGGCGUGUGUCGGUUACCUCAGUUCCCACCUUGCCGUGGCCGGCGCCUCCAUCUCUCGGGCCCCCCUCCCCGUGCUCUCGGCGCGUUACUCCUCCUUCCGCUACUCUCGUCUCCCCCGUCCCUCUCUCUAUGGUAUCUCCUUCUUCUCCAGUCCUCGCCGCUGCCGCUCUCCCGCCUGCCUCGGUGUAUUUACCUCCUGUCACGUUCUGUCGCUCUCAGGCUCCGGCCCUCGCACCCACCAUGGGCCUCAGGUGAUAAACCGAGACGGCCGCCGGAUUCAGCGGGCGGGGAGCAGAGCUACCGGAGAGCGUGGAUUCCCGGGCCUGACCGCCCGUACCGGGGGCCUGAACACCGGCAUAAAAGUCCGGUAACUUGAAGUUUGGAAGGACUCUUUUUGGACUCAGUCAAAAUGGAGAAUGGGGAGAAGAUCAACCAGGAGCAGGAAGAUGAGAUGGAGAUUUAUGGAUACAAUCUUUGCCGGUGGAAGUUGGCUUUAGUAGCUGUGGGUGUGCUAUGUACUGGAGGAUUUCUUCUCCUCCUUCUCUAUUGGAUGCCUAAGUGGCGCGUGAAAGCAACAUGCACUCGAAUAACAUUGAAGGAAUGUGACGUUGUGCUGCUGAGGACGACUGAUGAGUUCAGAACAUGGUUCUGUGCAAAAGUGCGAAUACGGCUGUGUCCAGGAACAGACCCCUUUCAAAGCCCUGAGUCCAUUGCAGGCAAAACGCUCAAUGGUCACACCGGCCACCUUCCUGAGAGUCCCACAGAGCACCAUGAAGAUCAUGCAGUGAACGCUACAGCAGUCCCACUAAACGAGGUUCGUUAUUUUGUGCAUCACAGUGUUACUUACUACUGGAACGAUUUACACCAAGCAUUCAACUAUGUAACGGGUCUAGAUGAUAGGGCUUCAUGUGCUGCCAUACACACUGAGCACAGCAAAGGAUUAAGCAAAGAACUCCACGAUUAUAGAAAGUUAUUUUAUGGAAUAAAUGAAAUUACUGUUAAAGUGCCUUCUCUUUUUAAGCUUCUAGUAAAGGAGGUUCUCAAUCCUUUUUACAUUUUUCAGCUGUUCAGUGUUAUUUUGUGGAGCACAGAUGAAUACUACUACUAUGCAUCUGCCAUUGUGUUAAUGUCUGUAAUAUCCAUUAUUAGUUCUCUGUAUACCAUUAAAAAGCAAUAUAUAAUGUUACAUGACAUGGUUGCAGCUCAUAGUAUUGUUAGAGUUACUGUGUGCCGCGCAAACCAAGAGGUUGAAGAAAUCAUGUCUACGGAGCUUGUACCUGGGGACAUUUUGUUAAUCCCACCUAAUGGGACCAUUAUGCCAUGUGAUGCUGUCCUGAUUAGUGGAACCUGCAUUGUGAAUGAAAGCAUGUUAACAGGUGAAAGUGUGCCAGUGACCAAGACUAACUUGCCCGACCCAUCUACAAAUUCCAGAGGAGUGGAAGAUGAACUCUAUAAUACAGAAACUCACAAGCGUCACACUUUAUUUUGUGGAACCAAUGUCAUCCAAACCAGAUUUUAUGCUGGAGAACCUGUCAAAGCCAUAAUCGUCCGGACAGGGUUCAGCACUUCUAAAGGACAGCUUAUUCGUUCCAUACUUUAUCCAAAACCAACAGACUUCAAGCUUUACAGAGACGCCUACCUGUUCUUGCUAUGUCUUGUUGGAGUUGCUGGCAUUGGGUUCCUGUAUACUGUUGUAAAUAGUAUUUUAAAUAAGGUCCCAGCCAACAUUAUUGUUAUCGAGUCCCUUGACAUUAUAACCAUCACAGUACCUCCUGCUCUUCCUGCUGCCUUGACUGCUGGGAUUGUGUAUGCACAAAGGCGUCUGAAAAAACUUGGCAUCUUCUGUAUCAGUCCUCAGCGAAUAAACAUUUGUGGGCAGUUAAACCUCAUAUGCUUUGACAAGACUGGCACUCUUACCGAAGACGGUUUGGACCUCUGGGGAAUCCAAAGAGUGGAGAAUGCUCAGUUCCUUUUGACAGAGGAAAAAGCUUGCAGCGAGAGCUUGGUUAAGUCUCAGUUUGUUGCCUGCAUGGCAACAUGUCACUCGCUCACAAAAAUUGAUGGAUUGAUUUCAGGUGACCCCCUCGACUUAAAAAUGUUUGAAGCCAUAGGAUGGAUUCUGGAAGAAGCCACAGAAGAAGAGACUGCACUUCAUAACAAAAUAAUGCCAACCGUUGUUAAACCUCCAAAACAACCCACCUCUGAGCAUAAGCCUGCUGACGGCGAAGAAAUGGAACUGUUUGAAUUGCAGACCUCAUAUGAAAUCGGAAUCGUGCGGCAGUUUCCUUUCUCUUCAGCUCUGCAGCGAAUGGCAGUGGUUGCCAAAGUAUUAGGAGAAAAACGCAUGGAUGCCUAUGUGAAGGGCGCCCCAGAAGUGGUAGCUAGCCUUUGCCGAUCAGAAACGGUUCCUUCUGACUUUGCAGCUGUGUUAGAGGACUACACAAAGCAGGGGUACCGUGUCAUUGCACUUGCACACAGAAAAUUAGAAUCCAAAAUUGCAUGGCACAAAGUACAAAAUAUUAGUAGAGAUGCCAUUGAAAACAACAUGACAUUCUUGGGUCUGAUCAUUAUGCAAAACAAACUGAAACCAGAAACUCCAGCUGUUCUUGAAGACCUUCGCAAAGCUAAUAUCCGUAUGGUCAUGGUCACAGGAGACAACAUGUUAACUGCAAUUUCUGUUGCUCGAGACUGCGGAAUGAUUCUACCUCAUGAUAAGGUUAUUGUAGCUGAAGCACUACCUCCUAAAGAUGGCCAAGCUGCCAAGAUUAAUUGGCACUAUGCAGACACCAUGCUAAGGAGCAAUUUGAAUGCAAUAAACCAGGAGGUUAUUCCUAUGAAGUCACUAAAUGACAGUCUUGAAGAGAAUCAGGCAAUUGAUUACCAUUUUGCUAUGAAUGGAAAGUCUUUUGCAGUCAUCUUGGAGCACUUCCAGGACCUGCUUCCAAAGUUGGUAUUGCAUGGUACAGUGUUUGCACGGAUGGCACCUGAUCAAAAGACACAGCUGGUGGAAGAGCUGCAGAAUGUAGAUUACUAUGUUGGCAUGUGUGGAGAUGGAGCAAAUGAUUGUGGGGCACUGAAGAGAGCUCAUGGAGGGAUAUCAUUGUCCGAAUUGGAGGCAUCUGUGGCAUCACCUUUCACAUCCAGGACUCCUAGCAUUGCCUGUGUACCAAACCUGAUACGGGAAGGACGUGCAGCACUGAUUACAUCUUUCUGUGUGUUUAAAUUCAUGGCUUUGUACAGUAUUAUCCAGUACUUCACAGUUACUCUGCUGUAUUCUAUUCUCAGCAACUUGGGAGACUUCCAGUUUCUCUUCAUAGACCUGGCAAUAAUCUUGGUGGUGGUGUUUACAAUGAGUUUAAACCCAGCCUGGAAAGACUUGGUUGCACAAAGACCUCCCUCUGGUCUCAUCUCGGGACCCCUUCUCUUUUCUGUCCUCUCCCAAAUCGUUAUUUGCUUGACAUUUCAGACCAUGGCUUUCAUGUUGGUAAAACAAGAGCCCUGGUACGAGGUCUGGACCGCCAGCAGCAAUGCAUGUAAUGUCUCCAUGGAUGAUCACCAUCAAAAUGACACUAAUCAUGAUGAGCACAACAUCAGAAACUAUGAAAACACCACUCUCUUCUAUGUGUCCAGCUUCCAGUACCUCAUUGUGGCAGUUGCAUUCUCAAAAGGAAAACCUUUUCGCCAGCCUAGCUACAAAAAUUAUCUUUUUGUAAUUUCUGUAUUGGCUCUUUAUGCCUUAAUAUCAUUCUUCAUGCUGUAUCCAAUUGAAUCUGUUGACAACUUCUUAGAGUUGGUCUGUGUUCCAAUGAAAUGGCGCAUUGUGAUGGUCUUCAUUAUUAUUGGAAACGCACUUACUUCCAUUUUGGUUGAGAAUAUCGUCCUUGAUAUCAUACUCUGGAAACUUGUGUUCAACCGAGACAAGCAGGGAGAGUCCCACAAGGUCACCCACCCCCCACAGGAAGCAAAUGAUCUCUGGGCAACGCGAUUCUUGUCCUCCUUAUGUUUCUGCAAAAAGAAGAUCCCGAAAGCCAAAUACAUGCACUUAGCACAGGAGCUGUUGGUCGAUCCAGACUGGCCCCCUAAGCCAAGAACAACUACAGAAGCUCAGCCCCCUGCCCUAGAGAAUGGCAGCUAUCAGAUUGUCACAAUGACGUAGCAGCCACUCGUUUCGGCUCUGUACUAUUCUAAUGGUUAAAUCGCUGCGUGGGAUGUCUGCAAUGCUUUGUGGAGCAGAGCCCUUUACUAGAACUUUCGUAAUGCCUCCAUUCACACACAAGUCUGCGUACGGAAUGUCUGAAUGGAUAACUGUUUGCAAAGACUUCAGAAAUGAGUUCAUUUUUUUUAUCACUGCAGCACUCAGUGUGUUGAUGGUGAAGGGAGCAGCAAUCACAUGUUGGGACCAUUGGUUUUCAUGCUUUCAAUUACUGUAAUAGUGAAAUGUUUUCCUUUAUUUCCCUUCCUUCUAA